AUGGCCAACACUGCAGUUAUUAUCCUGUUUUCAAUAGUCUUGCUUUGCAUAACAGCAACUCAAGGGAGGAAAACACUUCACCAAAACAAUGAAUGGCUAACAUCCUAUCCAGUUGUUGAUGAUAUUGAUGGUAUAUGCAAAACCAUGGUAGAGACACAAGGUUACACAUGUGAAGAACAUAAGGUUACAACUGAGGAUGGCUACAUCUUGAGCCUGCAGAGGAUGCCGGUAGGGCGGUCCGGCAAGAAAGCCGACAAGCCGCCGGUGCUGUUACAACAUGGUAUCUUUGCUGAUGCUAUAACAUGGCUGUUCAAUCUUCCAGAUGAAUCACUGGGAUUUAUCUUAGCAGACAAUGGAUAUGAUGUGUGGCUUGCCAAUACUCGUGGGACCAAAUAUAGCAGCGGGCACACAUCACUUGAUCCUAAUGACAUGGCUUAUUGGGAUUGGUCAUGGGAUGAAUUGGCUAGUUAUGAUCUUCCUGCUUUUGUCCAAUAUGUGUACAACCAAACUGGUCAGAAAGUGCACUAUGUAGGUUAUUCCUUGGGAGCUUUAAUGGCUUUAGCUGCUUUCUCUCAAGGACAAGUGCUGAACAUGUUGAGAUCAGCUGCAUUACUUGGCCCAACUGCUCAUAUGAAUCAGAUUACAUCGCUACCAAUUAAAAUUGCUGCUGAAUCAUUUAUAGCUGAUGCUGUGUACUGGUUAGGACUCCGCGAAUUUAUUCCAAACGGGCAAGUUGAAGCAAAAUUUGUGGAAGACAUCUGCAAUACUCUACACAUGAACUGCUUAAAGCUAAUAACACCUUUCACAGGUCCAAAUUGCUGCAUAAAUUCGUCCAGAAUAGAUGUCUUUCUUGAUCAUGAACCACAGCCAACAGCAACCAAGAAUUUGAUCCAUCUAUCUCAAAUGAUCAGAACAGGAAAUAUAGCAAAGUAUGAUUAUGAUGUUCAAGAACAAAAUAUGCAGAACUAUGGACAACCAGUUCCUCCUCCUUAUGACAUGACCGAAAUACCAAAUGAAUUUCCGCUUUUUCUAAGCAAUGGAGGGCAAGACAUGCUAUCUGAUGUAAAGGAUUUGCAGGUUUUGCUCAAUGACCUCAAAGAUCAUGAUGGGAACAAGCUCGUGGUAUUGUUUAAGGAGGAUUAUGCUCACCUUGAUUAUGCUAUGGGUGUUAAUGCUAAUCAAAUGAUUUAUGAUCCUAUGAUGGCAUUCUUUAAGGAUAAUUGA